UCGCCGCCCCCCUCCCCCCACUUCCACCACCUCUUCGCUCUCCCGCCCGCCUCUUUCCCCUCACUCCUCCGGUCCCUCCUGCGCACACCCCGGCAUCGAUUGUUGACAAAAGACGGCGAGGAGAGACGAAGCGAAGGAGCCUGUUUCCCCACUUGGCCCCCCCACCCCACCUCCCGGACACCCAAAUCUAACCGUUUUUCUUGGAGGGUGACCGACGGAGAAGACGGAACGGGAAGGCGGCGAGCGGGGGAGCCUCACGGGGGUCCGCGAUUGUUGUUCAUCCGAACGUGACCCUCCGGAAGGUGUGGCCGAGGUGAUUCGCUUGUCGCUGGUGGUCUGACCGCAGCGGGCCCGGCGCGAAGCCCUCUUUCAAACCCACCCCACCUGGAAGAAGACGAAAAUAAAUUGAAAAUACGAGCAUAAAAAAAAAAUGUGUCCCCCGCUGUGAGGGCCAGCACCAGUCGAGCUUCGGAGGAAAGGAGCGAGGAGGCGGCAGGAAGGGGCCUCCUCAACCCGGAAUGGUGUGAGUUGACACGGCCAGGCAAGUCUGGAUCUGAGCGGGGAGCCGUCCUUCCCCCGGAGCCUGCGCGGCCCGAAGCCGCGUGCCGAGCCCUCUAAGAUGGGGAAGUGCGACGGGAGAUGCACGCUGCUGGUCAUAUGCUCCCUGCAGCUGGUGGCCGCCCUCCAGAGGCAGGUGUUUGACUUCCUGGGUUACCAGUGGGCACCCAUCCUGGCCAACUUCCUGCACACCAUGGCCGUCAUCCUGGGCAUGUUCGGCACCGUGCAGUUCCGAUUCAGAUACCUCAUCUUUUAUGCAGUGUGGCUGGUGCUGUGGGUGGGCUGGAACUCCUUCAUCAUCUGCUUCUACCUGGAGGUGGGCAACCUGUCUCAGGACAGGGACUUUCUCAUGACAUUCAACACAUCGCUACACCGUUCCUGGUGGAUGGAGCACGGUCCCGGUUGCUUGGUGACGCCAGUGUUGGAUUCGCACUUGGCCCCGGACGACCAUCACGUCAUCACCGUCUCCGGCUGCCUUUUGGACUAUCAGUACAUUGAAGUGCUGAGCUCGGCCAUCCAGGUCCUGUUGGCCCUUUUUGGUUUUGUGUACGCAUGCUACGUGAGCAAAGUCUUCCAAGACGACGAGGACAGCUUCGACUUCAUCGGCGGCUUCGACUCAUACGGUUACCAGCCUCCACAGAAGUCCUCGCACCUCCAACUGCAGCCUCUCUACACGGCUGGCUAAUGGGCGCUUGCGCCACCUUCAGGCUGAACAGUGCCACUGCGGAUGGAAACUGGUUCUGGCUCCCCCCCAAACAGAGGACUAGCUUAUCCUGCCUUGGAGAAGACGUGUGUGUGUGUGUGUGUGUGUGUGUGUGUGUGUGUGUGUGUGUGUGUGUGUGUGUGUGUGUGUGUGUGUAAGACUACCAUCCCUGAAUGGAAUGUACCAAGCUCAGGGAUGAACCAGCAUGUCGAAAGGAUUGCCAGAUAGGAUGAACCGGAGUAAGGAGACAGCCGAUUCACCGCAGACACACGUCUUUACCAGUUAAUAACACAAAUGUUUGUAGUGUACUACAGGAUGUGUGUGUAUGUGUCACAGGAUUACCCGGUGUUGUAAAAUGGCACCGCACAUCAUUGUUGUUGUGGGAGGGGGGGGGGGGACACACCCGUCAUUUCAAAAAAAAAAAAAAGAGAGAAAAAAAGGAACAAAGGCGCAGCUCAUUGUCAUUUUAGAAUAUGUUGAUGUCAAAUUAGAGCAGUCUUGAAAUUUCUGCUCCCAAAGACAUCUGCAGCCAGCCCACAAAUCAUCAACCAUGUGUCACCAAACUCCGACCACACUUAGAUGCAUAUUCACAAGAUCCACAUUUUAUUGUCGGCCAUUUGUCUAGGAUGCCCACGUCAAAUUUGAGAACAAUCAGGUGAAUUCCUGAAGAGGGGUUGGUUGUGCAGAUGGCUUUGGGACCCGACAUUAGUGUGUCUGUUGGGAUGGGGGGGAUACUGUGCAUGUAAAUAACCAGCCAAUGACUGAUUUUGAUUAGGAAAAAAAAAAGACGGGCUUGAAUUAGGUUGUGGAGGGGAUGGGGGGGUAUAUAUUUUGUCUUCAUACCCGUGUUUCUUGUUGGUCUUCUCACUCUCUGACACUUUUUUGUCUGUCAAACGGGAGGUGGGAGGAGCGAAGAAGUGAGACAGGUACGAGGUGAACAUCUUGACGACGUCAAGGUGCACGGUACAGUUUGAAAUAAUAAAAACACACUUUCUACAUGAUAAA